AGAUUGCAAGGUGGCAAGGAGCAAAAGCAGCCUUUGCAAAUCGCUAAGUGGAAGACUGCCACAUAGCACACAGCCAUCUCUGCUGAGAGAGAUGGAGGAAGGAGUAGCAGGAGGAGGAAGAAGAUGGAGCCAGCUAUUUCUUCCCUCCUCUACCGUGGACUCCUGCUGGGUCCUAGUAGCUACAAGGUUUGCUGCUCUCUUUCAGAGGGGUGAGACCUCACAGCUUGCUUUUGGGAUGCACCCAAUGGUUCGCAGCAAGAGCAAAGCAUCCAAGGCUGGACUGUGUGAGGGGGAUGAGGUGGUGUCUAUCAAUGGCAAGUCCUGUGCAGACUUAACCUAUUCUGAAGUUAUCAAUCUUAUGGAAGGUCUGACUGAUGCCCUCCAGCUGCUUAUCAAGAGAUCAUCCAAUGGACUACACGAAAGCUUGAGUCCAGAAACCGAAACCAGAAACCAUGAUAACAUAAAAAAUGAGGAGUAUAGGGAGAGUACCACACUGCAAAUCAGAACAGCCACGGAAAUGCCCCAGAGGGAAUUCUACAUCACAGAGAUACACAAUGAAGCUCCCCAUGGAGCAGAGGAAAGUGACUUAGACUUUUCUGGGACAAAAGAAGAAAAGGAGACAAUACAAUGCCACAAAAUUACGCCUAAAGUGAUAGAAACCUCUAGAAUACUCUUGACAGAUGAGGCUGCUUUCAAAGAGAAGACAAAAGAAAGAAGGCCAGACACAGUGGUUGAGCUGCAGUUGUCCCUCUCGCAGGACAGGCACAAGGGCACCAGUGUUCCUACUGUUAGUCUCCUGGGAGCUGAAAAGUGUACCCCUUCAGAAGUUGGACCCAGUGUGCAAGAAGAUGGGACUAGCCCGAUAACUGCAGUCCCCCUGGGUGAAAAAGAGGCCACUGUCCAGUGGUCAAGCAAAACAUUCCAGAUUGCUAGUGGCAAAGAGGUCAAGGUGAUCCAAGGAGCAGAGGCAGGCAAUCCAUCUCUCCCCAUAGUGGAAGUGAUCCUAGAUUGCUCUGACAGGGAGAAGGAAGUGUCCAGGUCUCUAGCUGAAAAGGGGUGUGUUGAUUCUCAAGUGGAAGGAGGGCAGUCAGAAGCACCUCCUUCUGUAGUCUCCUUUGGAAUCUCAUCAGAAGGCACAGAGCAGGGAGAAGACGACCAGCACUCAGAAAGAGAUCACAGCAGACCUCACAAGCACAGGGCAAGGCACGCAAGGCUCCGGCGGAGUGAGAGUCUGUCAGAGAAGCAGGUGAAAGAAGCCAAAUCUAAAUGUAAAAGCAUUGCUCUGCUGCUGACGGCAGCUCCCAAUCCCAAUUCCAAGGGGGUGUUGAUGUUCAAGAAGCGUCGCCAAAGAGCCAGGAAAUACACUUUAGUCAGCUACGGCACUGGGGAACUAGAACGUGAAGACGACGAGGGUGAAGAAGGGGAAGGUGAAGAAGGUGACAAAGAAAACACUUUUGAGGUAACUUUAUUUGGAACAAGUGAGUCAGAAAUAGAUGAAGAUUUCUUCUCUGACAUUGACCACGAAGGCCAGAUUGUGACAUUUGAUUGGGACACUGGUCUGCUUGGGAUUGAAAAGAAACUAAAAGGUGGAGACGAGAUGCAGAUGUUGCCAGAGACCAAGGGCAAGGGGGCCCUCAUGUUUGCCAAGAGACGGCAGAGAAUGGAUGAAAUCACAGCUGAGCAAGAAGAGGUGAAGUCACACAGAAUGCAUGCAGAGGAACAAAGAGAAGCCACCCCAAAAGAGAGCUUCAGACAAGUGAGCUCCUCAUCCUAUCAGGCAAAAGAGGAAGAAACGUCAAAAAUGCAGAGCUGUGUGAGCAAAAGUUACAUAGAAGUGAGCCACAGUCAUGGCAAAAUGGUACAACAAAAUGGCAUUGGGGGAGCAUCUGAGACAAACAUCUCCUUUCAGUCUUCUGAUGCCCAUAAAUCAGCACCUUUAAACAGAACAGCUAAACCUUUUCCUGGUAUAUCAAAUCAAGCAGCAGCACCAUUUUCACCAACAAGAAAUGUGACUAGCCCUCUCUCAGAUUUACCACCACCACCUUUCUAUUCCUCAAUUAGCCCACCACCUCAAGCCUCAUAUAGAGCAGUAUUGAGUCCAGUGGCCAGCAGAGCUCAGCCAGCUAUUUGGUCACCAACAGAGCAGAUAGCAUCCAGAGAUGAAAGAAUUGCAGUGCCGGCCAAAAGAACUGGGAUACUACAAGAGGCAAAGAAAAGAAGCACUGCAAAGCCUAUGUUUACUUUCAAAGAACCUCCCAAAGUGAGUCCUAACCCUGCCCUAUUGUCCCUUGUACAGAAUACAGAAGGCAAACGAGGUACUGGAACUGGAUUUGAAUCGGGACCUGAAGAAGACUACCUUAGUUUGGGAGCAGAGGCUUGUAAUUUCAUGCAGAUCCAAGCAUCAAAACAAAAGACCCCUCCUCCUGUUGCUCCAAAGCCCUCAGUCAAAGUCUCUCCUACUGCUGCCACUCCCAUUUCACCAGUCUGGUCACCUCCAGCUGUGGCUUCUACCCAGCCUCCUGCCUUCCCAACUCCAAACUCACCCCAAGCUGCAGUUCCUGCACCAAUCAACGUAAGACAACCUGCUCCUCAUGUCUUACCUCCAAGUACUCUUAACAUAGCUGGUCCUUUUAAAGGGCCUCAAACAGCAGUAGCAAAUCAAAAUUAUACACCCAAAACAACACCUACCACACCAAUAGGAAAUGUUGCAUUUGCUGGAGGAAUGGGGCCAGCCUUUGAGAUGCCACCAGCUUUUAGUGGAAAAGGAGCACAGUUAUUUGCCAAAAGGCAAUCUCGAAUGGAGAAGUAUGUGGUAGACUCAGAAACUGUGCAGGCACAUAUGGCACGGGCCUCAUCUCCAACUCCAUCUUUACCAGCUUCUUGGAAGUAUUCAUCUAAUGUUCGAGCACCUCCACCCGUUGCUUACAAUCCCAUCCAGUCCCCCUCUUAUCCUCUUGCUGCUACUAAACCCCAAUCUAAAUCACCUGCAGUUACCAAAACUACCAAAAGAAAACCUAAGAAAGCUCUCAGUGCUUUGGAUGUUAUGAAGCAUCAGCCAUAUCAACUUAAUGCAUCUUUAUUUACUUUUCAACCUCCUUCUGCUACUAAGGAAAGCCUAGCUACUAAGCAGUCUACAAAGUUCGACUCAGUGUCUGCCUCAAAACAUGCUCUGCCUUCAAGACCACUCAGUGCAGGUUCUUCUGCUAAUGUCCAAGCAUCUUCAGUGUACUCCGUACCAACCUACAGUUCACAACCAUGGUUCCAGUCGAAUACAUCCACUCCAAUAAAUGAGUCCUACGAGCCUACUGGUCACCCCUCAUUUUCUAAGCAAGAAUCAAUCACAUCCUCUUUGUUUACUGCUCCAAGGCCAAAGUUUUCAGCAAAGAAAGUUGGAGUCACAGCCCAGGAAAGAGGCAGUGGCUGCUCAUUAUCACUUCCUGUGAGGCCUUCUUCACUCACCUAUCGAGCCAUGUCCCCUGCUUCACCUGUGAUGUCCCAACCUGGCCCCGGUUACUUCAGCAAACCAGCAGCAGCCGCCGACAAGCCUGGCAAGAGAUUGACUCCCUGGGAAGCAGCAGCCAAGUCCCCUCUCGGCCUAGUGGAUGAUGCUUUUGGCCCCCAAAACAUUCAAGAAUCCAUUGUUGCUAAUGUAGUAUCAGCUGCUCGCAGGAAAACACUCCCUGAGCCACCGGAUGAUUGGAAACAAAGGGUUUCCUGUGGGUCUCCAUCCCCAGGUGUUCAUGCUAGCCUUGCAUCAUUUGGAAGGAGGCAGUCUGGUAUCACAUCCCCACCAAAGAGCAGCAUGUCAGCCCCCAGCUCCACUUUUCAGUGUGGCUCUCGGCUUCAAUAUGCAUAUUAUGGUCAGCGAUCCCGAACAGAUCCUGACACGAUGCCCAUGGAUUCCAGAUCCGACUACUGCCUGUCAAUGGCCAACUCAAACUACAAUCCACAUCCAAGGGGAUGGAGGCGUCAAACAUGAAAGACAGAAGAACCUGGCAUAUUUCCCUCCUGCCAGCUUCACCAGCCUUAUAUCCCAGUUGGAGGAGUAAAGUGACCUGUCUGAAUAGCUUCUUGCUGGCUGACAGUUUCUAAACUGAAAGAAUGAGGAAGUUUUGUAGAAUGGUGCAGGUUUCAUGAUAUUUCAGAGCUUUCAGUUCUAGACUAAAUUCAAUUUUAUUCCCAGGAUACAGUUUUGUUUUGUUUUUUAAAAAGGUCAGAUUUGUUUAGGCGGGAUAAUCAAUGUGCUUAUUACAAAGCACAUAUAGAAAAAGCUUUAAUUGGACAGAGUACAAAAACACUUACAAACGAGUUAAUGAAAUACACAAAGAAUGAAAUAAAGCUUUUAAAAAAGAAAUUUUCUGGUGGGGUCUGUAGGAUUUCUGGGUAUAUUUGAUAUCUGAAUUUUAGGACACGGACAUAGCCAGAUUUCAGAGAGGGUUAUUUUUCCAAUGGAAUUCCAAACUUUGGAAAGAUUUACUCAGCAUAUUGAUCAUAUAAUUUCUCUGUAGCAUUUUUUUAAAAAGGGAUUCUUGAAAAGUAAAUCUUAUAGUUUUACUAUGAUAAACAUACAAUACUUCUAUAGUCAUUUUACCUGAAGCUCUGGUACACAUUAGCAUAUGUUAAUAUCAUGUAAUCAUGCAGUUCAGAGGGAUUUCAAGGAAGUUUGGGGUGUAACUCUCCAUUGUAAGCUUUGGCUGUUGUAAUUACCCACCCUAGUUUGAAAACAGCAGGAAAGAAAGGGACAUUAUGAUGAAGUACUGAUAUGAUACUUGGAUAACAAAAUGAAUUGGAGAAGUAUUUAAUAUAGUUAGGUUACAUUUAAAUUGGGUUGCAAGUGACUGUUGUAAUAAACAAUCAAACAAAUACAUGUCAGUCUUGUAGGGGUGUUGGAUGACAACUACAUUUAUUUCUUUGUGAAAUGUUUAACUUGCUGAACAUUUAGUGCAGCAGAUUCUGCUACUAGUAGUUGAAUGCUUGAAAGGCUUUUGAUUUGUAGUCUCAUUUUGGAAGGCCAAAAUAGGUUAUAUAACAAGGACAAUUCAUGUUACGUGCAGGAGGUAUGUGGAAUAUGGUUUAUGAUAAGUGUUACAUGGUCUGAGUCUAGUUAAGGCAACGCUAAGGAGAACUAAGGAGAGUGCUUAGAGGGUUAAAUAUGUGUUGAUGGAGUUGGAGAGAUGGUAAAUUUUGUUACUGCUGGUACAUAUCUUACAUUUACAGUUCAUGUAGUUAACAACAACAUACGUGGCUAAGCCAUAUACUACAAGCUCACUGGGUGGUUUAGAUAGUGUUAGGUGUUCAAUGAAUACCCAGUUUUACAGAGUGCACUGCACCAUCCUCAGUUGUUGGAUAUUUUUCAAAUAUCUAUCAAGCACGGCCACUUGAAAAAUAUUGCUGAAAUAUAGUUGAAUAUCUGUGCUUAAACCAUAAUAUAAGUGUAAGCAGAACAAUUUGAAAAGAAAAUUAAAAUUCACAUACAUAAUAAGAAAGCGUACACAGAAACCAGGUUAUAAACCAAUGUAAAUUUUUUUCCGCAAGAGGCUGACUUCUUAUCUAGUUUCUGUUUUGAGUUGUAUCCUUUAUGUUGUUAUACUGGGAACAGAAUUAAGCAAUGUUCAGAAAAUAAUAAUUUGGCCAAAUGCAACUUUAGGGGAAAAAAGCAUUUCACUUCUCAGAAUCUGGAAAAUAGCUUUGUAUUUCCUUUGAAAAUAAUAUCAUGCAUCCUAAUGAAGUGUGGAAAUAUGUAGUUAUAAAUAAAACACUCACACCUAAAAGAUUUCCAAAAAUACCCAUAUUUUAAAAUGUUACAAAUAUUAUGUUAUUAUGCCCAGUGCUGCAAAUAUUUACUGUAAACUCACUUGCUGUAAACUUACUCAUGUGCCUAAGUGUUUGCAGGAUCGAACCCUAAAAAUGUAACAAUCUCUCUAUAUAAGACCCAGAAUACUUCUAGAUGGAUGUUAUGAUGUAGGUUAGAAGAAUACCUACAAUCUUUAUACACAUUAACUUUUCAUCACUAUACUAUUCAGGGCUGGGCUUUUACAUUUAAACUGAUUAAUCUCCCACUAAAGUCAGUAGAAAGACUCCCAUUGACUCAAGCAGGAGCUGGAUCAGGUAUUUAGUAGCACCAAUUCUGUGGCCAUUACUCAGAAAAAUGUCCAUGGAAUCAAUGUCAAAUAUAAUGAGCCUGAGUAAAGGCUGCAGGAUGAGCUGCAGUACUGCCCUCCACACAUUACCCUCUAUUGGCAGGUAGCUGUGUGUUACCACAGCUGUUUCUUUGGCUGCUUUAAAUUAGGGUAAGUCAACUCCACCUAAAUGAAACCUAGUGGGUAGCCAUAAGCAUUAGGAUUUUGAAGGGGAUGGGGAGGGGGGGAAGAGGAGGAAGAGACCGGUUUGUAAAUAUACCAAGUCUAAAAAGAACGUAGAUCUAUCACUGUUAUACGGACAAAUUGGAAUGCUCUUUUCCAGAGUAUAACUGAGCUUCACACACUGCUCUUAUUCAUUUCAAUGGAAUUUUUGUCAUUAACUUCAAUUGGCUCAGUAUCAGGCCUCAGAUACUAUUACAGUGCAUACAAAGCUUUCUGAAGCAUCACUCUGCACCUUUCAUUCUUCUUUCUCUCCCUCAUCCCAUCUCUGGCAAAAAUAUUUUGUAGUCAAAAUCAUGUGAUUGUGUUGUGUAUCAGCUCUGAAUAUUCAUUUAAAGUGUUUCUUACAUUUUAUUGUUUGUAAGUGCACAGAUCUACUCGGUUAAUGUGAGGAAAAUAGUCCCCCCCACCCCCGAUAUCUUAGAUGCCUAUUAUUUACAUUAGAACUGACUUCUAAACUUCAGUGUCUUUGUUAAUAUGCAAAGAAUUUGAAUAUGCAAAUAUAACCAAGAGUUUAGUUUCUGUAGUUAUACUAGAAUAUAGAUGUUCACAUUUUCUUGUUCAUAAUUAGUUUUCAUUUUAGUUAGCUGUAUUGCAAUUAAAUAUCUAUUCACAUGACAUUUUUGCAUUGUAGGAAAAGUCUAUGCUAUCCUUAUAAAUGGAUUUUCACUUCUACAUACUGUUUGUUCACUGCAAAGGACACUUUAUUUGAAGAGAGCAUGCCAGAGAUGUAAAUUGUAUAAUUUAAUAAAGUGAUUUCACCAAUCAGA